AUGGAUGAUAAUCGGGCCGACAAUGAGAACGGAUCAGCUAAUGGUGAUCGCCAUCAACAACAAGAAGAGCGUCCGGAAGAGACCAUCUGUUUCUCAGGGAAGACAAUAUUGGCUCCGAUGGUGAGGACGUCGACACUUCCCAUGCGUUUACUGUCCCUCCGGUUCGGCGCCGACAUUGUCUACACCGAAGAGCUCAUCGACUAUAAGCUGAUCCGAUGCCAGCGUGUGGUUAACCACGUGUUGGGAACCGUUGACUACAUCGACGAUCAGGCGGUUGUGGUGUUCCGGACGUGCGCUGAAGAACGCGACCGAUUGGUCCUCCAAUUGGGCACUAAUGACCCGCAGAGGGCGCUGACCGCCGCCCGACUCGUGGCCGCGGAUGUGGCGGCCAUUGACGUGAACAUGGGUUGUCCCAAAUCGUUCUCAAUUAAGGGCGGUAUGGGUUCAGCUCUAUUGACACAACCGGACAAAGUGUACGAUAUAUUGCGGACACUAGUGAUGGGCACCGGAGGGANUUAA